AGCGCGCGCUCGAACCAGUCGUCGCCGUUCGACUACCGGCAGCGUUCAGUUCUCGUUUGACUCUUGGCGCUGCACGUCAGACCCACGCGCGCGCGCACACCGUACACAACAUGAAAAUAAUAUCAUUUUUUAUAUAGUAUUUGAUAGCAACGUCGAUACACACCGGUUGUACCUGCGCCAUAUAAUAUUUUAUUUCUUUUUAAUCACGACUUUAUUACCUACAGUAUCCGUACACUCGAUAUUUUUUUUUUACACGUUUUGCGUUUAUUUAUAUUACAUUUGAUAUAUUUUAAUAUUAAUUUUUUUCGAUUUUUCACAUACACACACACACACACACACUCACUUGUACACUUAUAUUGUUUAUCGAUGUGAUGACACAGACUUUUUGGAUACGAGACCAUCGGUGGAUCUGACAAAUGUACGAGAAUAUCAAAUAUAACCGUCGGCAAUGUUAAAGUGGACCGUGGCCGGACAGAGGGGCGGGGGAACGACGACGUGGAGACAGACGACGGUGGCCGACGAGUCACCGCCGUGUUUUUCGGAAAAGCCGCGGCGAAGACGACCGUCCAGAAUGUCGGGCAAACAUGACAAGGAAAACGCUGAGUGUGUGGACGCGAUGACACCGACAGCGAAGACUUGUCGCCGACGACGGCGGGAGAGCUUGAGAGACGUGAGCAACCACAACAGCCCGGCGGCGGCGGCGUUACAGAUGUCGCCGGGCGGCAGACGAACGAAAAGUCCCUGCACGGAAGUCCAUUGGAUGCCUGUGCAAAAGAGACGAUCCGGUGACGAUAUUUGUUGGACGGACGAUAAGGUGAAAAGGAAAAAGCCGUGUACGGCCGACCACGUGAUCUCUACGGCGUACGCGGCUGUCGCGACGUUCGCCUCCACAGCAACAGCAGCCCCAGAAGUCACCUCCACCGUCGCCGUCACCUCCGUCGCCGACGAGCAGCUGUGCGUGUCCAUGUCGCCUGCCGAAGAACCGGUUCAGCUGUCGCACAAACAAUUGCCCGCGCUGCCCACCGUUCGGACUCGCAGUCCCGGUGACCUGCGCGCGUCCAGGCUGAUCGACCGGUACGUGGAUCAGAUCCGCAUGGACGACGUCACGUUCGUCCGCGGAAACAACGAACGGCUCAGCAUCGUGUCGCCGCUAGCCAAACGACUGGCGGAGAUCCGGUUGCGUCGAUCUCCCGGGAAAGCGACGACGACGGAGGCCUGCAAACGAAAACGAUCGUCGUCCGACUGCGAAGACGACUGGCCGGAGACGCCGAUCGCCGGCAACAAACGGCCCGUCGCCGCGUGGUGGUGGCAAUGCUCGGGCGGCGUCGGCGGCGGCGGCCUAACUCUGCCCGACGGCCUGCCCAGUCCGUUCCACUCGACGCUCAACCGUCCCCGCGUCGGCGGCCCACUUCACCAGCGGCGGAUCGGGACGCCCAGCCCUAUAACGCCGCUUCACCGGCAGUCGGCCGCCGACGAUUCCGACGACUAUUGGAAGACGCCCGUCGGACCGUCGCUGGCCACCGGCGUCCGCUUCGAUCGGCUGCUGUCCACCACGUCGUCCACAACCGUCGACGACGAGAUCAUCUGCUGCAGUGAUCCGCGCAGCCCAGCCGUGCUGGACGAGACGUUCACGCUCAAGUCCCGCAGGUGUCUGUCGUUUGUUUCACCGCCGCCGUCUGAUUCGUCGGCCAAAAAGCGGAACCGGAAGUCAUUGAAAAAACCGUCUUCCGCCACCGCCGACAAAGCUUCCGGCCUAGAGGUAUCCAUUGAACUGAAAGACUCGACACACUUAACCGUAUUACUUAAAAGAGGCAGAAAUCUGGUGUGUGCAGACGGUGAACCGCCAAACACUUAUAUAAAGGUUUACUUAGUACCCGGCAAAGGAACUUGCCACAAGACCCGAGUGCGGCACAAUUCUACCAACCCUCGUUUCGACGAAUCUUUUUCCGUACCACUCUCCGAGGAAGAUCUGGACAAGAGAAUAUUGAUAUCCGCUUGGCACCGAGACCGAUCUAAAAGGAGGAGCGAGUUCCUGGGCUACAUGUCGUUUGCGGUGAAAAACGUACUCAAAAAAGAAAUAAACGGUACGUUCAAACUCGUACCGCAAAGUCCCGGUCGAAUGCCUCCCCACUCGACGCCGGCUCAUCGACCACAAGACCUGACUGUGGUUAAGACCGUACACUGCAGUACCGAUGACGAUGAAGAAGACAUCAUGAUUGAUGACGAAACUACUCCCAGUAACCAUUCAGUGUCCGUCAAGGUAAAAUCUAGUCAGAAGCCAAAAAAAGACACACUGACAACUAAAACGGGCAACGAAGAAAACAAAUUCUUGCAGUACCUCGAGUUGGACCCACCACUGUCGUCCAAUAAGGAUGGCAAAACCGGCAGAACUCCUUUCACGAUUACCAAACGGUUGUCGAAACCCUCGGGAUCCAGUUUUGGAUUUUCUAUAGCGUGGACACACCCCCCGAGGGUGGAAAGAGUGGAGUGCGGUUUGCCUGCAGACCAAGCGGAUCUGAAGCCCGGAGAUUAUGUAGUAUUCAUCAAUAAAACUAACGUAGUGAUGAUGGCCGAAGACGACGUCAUGGAAUUGAUUAAAUCGUGUGGAAAUCAGCUGUCGUUGGAAGUGUACAACAAAACGACGACGGCCAACCGGAGGAGGAAUCAACCACCCCCGAGGUCCGCGUCCACCCCGGGCGUACUCAGCUUGGCGGCCGCGGCGGUCAGCCAGAGCGACACGACCGUUUCUCUGCAAGAGCCGCCCCGAAGACGAUUUCACAUACCUCAAGUGACGUUCACGUCCGAGAACCUAUCCGGCGAUAUGGACUCGCAGCUCAGGUGGAUUCAUCAACUCCUCACCGCCGAGCAACAGUUUGUGUUAUGUUUACAAUUCGGUAUUGGGAGGUAUCUGUUGCCGUUGGCCGAACGCAAAGACGUGCUCAAGACCAAAGAACACUCAGCGUUAUUUCAAAACGUUCAAGAGCUGCUGCGCACCACCGAAGACACCCUGGAGCGUAUAAUCGACAACGACUGGAAAAUGCUGGCGCGGAACACGUGCAAGGCGUACGUGAAGAAAAUCGAUCAGAUCAACGGAGCCUAUUACAAGUACUGCAAGGGCAUCAUUCACGCGGAUUGCGUACUCGUGGAGAAAAUACGAAAUUCCAGUUUUUUGGAACUGAUCAAAGACCCGCCCAUACCCGACCGUAGGCCGGAUUUGAUCACGUUCAUUCACAAACCACUGGAGCAUUACAGAAACGUAUUAAAAUGCAUGCAACUCAUUCAAAUCAAUACCGAACACGACGACGAAGGUUUUGAAGCGUUGUCACACAUAGUCCACGAAAUGCAGACGACAUAUCGGUUCAUAACUGUGGAAUCCGGUCUAAUGGAACCGGAAGUGGACGGGAAGCCUUUACUGUCGCUCAACGAUUUAGAAGCCCGUUUGGUAUUCACCAGGUGCAAGCCUUUUACGUUGAACACCCCUGAUCGCCACUGGAUAUUCGCCGGCGACCUGAGCCGCGUCGAAGGACGGUCCGUCAGGUCGUACUGGGCGCUGUUGUUCUCCGACAUUUUGUUAUUCACCAAAGUUAGCAGGGACCGCGUGUUAUUUGUCACUGAUGAACCAUUGCCACUAUCCUCGAUUGCUCAAACUCAGUUCUCUGUCAAGAAAAAAGAUACCGAAUUCCGGUUGGUAAUUAGCAAUGGGUCGGACACAUCGUCGUGUCACAGUAGUCCGGCCAUGACCGGAUGCAGCCCUCUGUUUGCCGACCUGUCGGGCACUCUUUCGAGACUGCCGAAAAACAAAGGAAGAGUGAUCGUUCUCCGAGCGCCCAAGGCCGAACUGAAAGCUGUGUGGCAGAAUCUCAUCCAGAGACAAAUACUGACGAUGGAUAAAAACGCAUUCGCCGUGGACGGUAAGUGUAGGGGACCGUCGUCGUCGGAACCACCUGACUCGCCGGACGAUCUGUUGGCCAACUCGCUGGCCACGCUGGACGACGACGUCUACGCGGACAGGCUAAAGACGUUUGCCGCGUCGUUAGUGGACGAGAGGUGUCAGCGGAUGACCAAGAGUAGCACGUGCAACAAGGGCAAGGCGCUGCACAUAUCGCAGUGGAUAAAGGGCGAACUCGGAGGUAGCUUAUUUGACAGUAGUGGAGGCGGUGGAGGCGGCAGCACCGUUGGCGGUGGUAGUUACGAUGACGAUGACUUGGAACUGUGGUCCACGGAACAGAUGAACGCCAAACGGGUGGAGAUCGAACGUCGGUUGUCGUCGGCGGCAGCGGCCCGGGAUGGUAUAGAGACAGUCAUCGAGUACGCAACUGCGGCGGAAACCGUGUCGGUAGUUAGCAGUCCGGACGACAGUCAAAGAACCGUCGUGCCGGAAAACGUGUGCGACAAGUGUCAGAGGACGUGCGAUAUCAACGGGAACCAGCAGCCGGACGCUUUCCUCGACAUGGAUCCCGAAAACAAAUGGAAACCGUCCACAGUGUCCGUGUCCACAGACCUCAGCCCUUGUGAACCUUUCGGCCACAUCAAUAACAAUAGCAACUAUGUCAACAACAAUACCGGAAAUGAUAACAAUAACGUAUACGAUGACGACGAUGACGAUGACGACGACGACGACGACGGACUCGAACCAGAUAGACCGUACGCUUUGCUCGCUUCGUCACCACCACUACAACGCAGUAGUCAUCAACAUUAUCAACAACAACAACAACAACAACAGAUUCGACUGCAACCCCGGUUUUCGUCGACGUGCAGCCUGGAUAGAACUGGCACAAAUCGCGAUCAUUCGACGGACAGUCUGGACAGAGUGGAGUAUUGUUCGACCACCGACUACCGAUGGCCCGAAGACUAUUGUCCCGUUACAGCCAGCUGUUGUCUACCAACCGACGAAGACUAUAACUACGAUGCAUCGAGUGAAGAAUUCUGGGGAACGCCAAAUAGCAGCACUACUUCACCACUGUCCAUCGAAGUAAAUUACCACGAAGAACGGCAAAUCGAAACGAUCUUUUCCACUCCAAUAGUAACGUCGUCUACGCCUAAAAAGAGACCAGCUCGAUUAGAACCUCUGAUCGAAGAAAUCGAAUCGUCGGACAACACUCCGUCAUACGAAUAUAAAGAAGUCGUUUACGGAGAAGGUCAGACUUUGUUGAACUUUAAGACCGGGCCCGUGGGUGGAUCCAAAGACAAACACUCUGCUGACAAAUCGAUCACCAAAAACUUAAGUAGUAAUUAUGGUUUUGCGAAUGCGACAGAUUUAACAUGUUGUGGCGAACGUCCGGCAGGAGUCGUCCGAAGAGGGCUUGCAGCACCGAAUCUAAAGUGGGCGCAAAUUUUAUCCGGAGACGACGCGUUAAGUCCGAAAAGUCGAAACAAAACAAAGAAAUCAAACUCAAUCUAAUUGAAAGCGUAUACUUAUUACUCUUUGGUUAACUAAGUACCUACCUAUAUUACAUAAUAUAAACUCAUAUUAUAGGUAUUAGGUACAUCUUAAUAGACAAUAGUUAACCGUCAUAGAUAUCUUUAUUAAUUACGUACCUAUAUACUCUGUCACUUUGACAAUAUGUACAAUGUACAUGGUUUAAAACCAAAACAAACUUUGUAUUUUUUUAUUUUUUGUGAUUUAUGAUUUGAUUUAUUGGUAUUUUAUAAAUAUUGUUUUUGUGAAAUGUUAUAUAAUUUCGAUUUUGAUUCUGCAAAUCAAAUAGUUUUAUUCUGAAUUUUGAUUUAAACUACCUAUCGAUAAAAUAUAGAUAAUAUCGAUAUUAUUUCGAUUUAUUUGUUUUGUAUCGAUCCAUCGGUAUUCAAAACUUAUUUGAAAACCAGUUUAAAGAAUAAAGAGGCGUAUAAAUUCUCGUAAUUUUAAACCAAAUGCAAUAUAAUAUGUCAAUACGAUACAUUUAUAAACUAAAUUAAAUAUUUGUUUUAGGUACGAACUUAGGUUUUAUUGCGUUUUUUAAAAUCAUAUUAAAACAACAAUUUUACGUGGUUGUGCUAUGCUAAUAGACUGAUUAUUUUUCUUAUUUAUAAUAUUGUUUUCAUUUAAUAUGACGAUUGACGACGACAUUGUCUCGACACAAUAUUCGGAUAUUACACUUUAGCACGUUACACAUCAUUCUCACUCGUUUUACUUCAAAAAACUAUUUUAUUUUUAUAUAUAACGAACUUACCUCAAGUCAUUGACACAAUAAAACUUCGUUAGAAUUCAUUAUCAACAUAUAAUUAACCGUUGCGUUACAAUCAUAUAUAUAAUCAAUUAAUCAAUAUAUUAUACACUUGUUGACUGUUGCUUGGCUGUACAAUAUAAUGUAAUAUUAUAUUAUAUACCUAGGAGGUAUAUACAUUAAUACAAUAAUAUUUUAAAGCAACGAAAAAUAAAUAACCUUUCUAAUUAUAUUAUAGGUACGUUAAUUAUUAUUUAUUUGACAAUAUUGAAGUACAAAUGGUACACGGGAUUUAUACAUAUUAUGCUAUAAGCUUAACCCUUGUUGUUGUUAUUAUUAUUAUUAUUGCUUUUCAAAUAUUAUAUUAUAUUUAUAUUAGGUAUAAGAUAUUCUUUAAUAAAUAAACGUUCAUACCUAUAGUUAAGAUGGGACUGGGGGUCAGUAUGAUUUUUGUUGUCGUCUUUAUUUUACCACAUACAAUGGAAAAGUCUGAUGCAGUUACGAAUAAUUACGAUCAGUUAAAUUACCUACCUAUAGCCUAUAUAGGUAUUCUAUUUAUAAGUAAUGAUUUUUUCAAGGACUAUUAUUUAUUUAAUACAUCUAUACACUAAUUUUAAAAAACUACAUAGGUGUUUUAAACAAUCAUAAAUUGUGUUUUUAACUGUUUUGUUCGUAAAUGUUAACUAUGGCUUCGUGAUAGGCGAACAUAUACGGUUAUACUUCAACUAUGCCUAUUCGAUUUCCUCAAUGCCCUUUUACUAUUUCCAACAUUCUCGGUUUUAACUUUUAACCGUCCUUAGCUUUAACUAAUCUGACGAAAAUAAUUUGUUGAUAAGUUGUAGAUUGCACUAAUGCGUGAAUGAACAAUAGGUACAUCAACAACGUUUGACUUUAAUAAUACUAUAAAUUAGGUAAUGAUGGUUGGAUAUCAGAAAAGUUAAACAUAGAAGAUAAUACCUAAAAAAAUUGUAAGCAUUUUUAUCUCUGAUAUUAUGAUAGAUUUAUAAUUUUUACUUUAAAAUAAAAAAUGUCUAUACUUACAAAAUAGUGCUGUAAUAAAAACCAAACAUUUAUUUUAAAUGCUCAGCUGUUAUUUAUAAUUAUUGAAAUCAUUUUUAAUUUCCAUAUUUUAGCUUACUAUUAUUCUUUUUAGUUUUCAAUUCAUUGAUUUGUAAAAUAUAAAUUUAAUUAUGUAUUACCUACUAUAAUAAACUAAACAUGUACUACCUACCUAAAUCUAUGAACGCGGACAAACUAUUGCAUUUAUAUUUUAAUUUUAAGUGGACAAAAUCAGUUACAACUUAUUUUUAAUGCAUGAAAAUUAAAAACUAAAAUUAUUUUUAAGACAUUUAAUUACAUUUCUGGAUAGGUAAUCUAUUGUAAACCUAUCCAGGAUAAUAAUUUUUAAAAUGUUUUCAGUAAAGUAAAAACCUUACAAAAUGCUGUGAGUUCUAUAAAUAUAUGUAUGUAUUAUGCAGUAAUAAAACAAUGAACAAAAAUCAAUGUAAUAAAAUCUUGAUUCCUAAAAUCCAAACAAAUACAGCAGUACUUACCUAAGUUAAUAAUUAAUAAUUAUUUUGUGUAAACAAUUUUAUGAACCUCUUUUUCAUCAAUUAAAUAUAUUUAUUUUUAAUAUUUAAGUAUUUUUUAAUUGUAAAACUCCGAUUGUCUAAGUGUACAUAUUUGAAAACCGUUUCUAAUCAAUAGUAAAAUGUACUCACUUCAUAGGUAAGGAGUGGCCGUUAUAUGACAACACUUAAAAAUAGCGAAAUAGUAUUUAUAGAUACCGAAUAUUAUUUAUUUUUUGAAUAUAUGUAUGUAUAGUCAAAUCAACAAACAUUAUUUGAUAACAAUUUUAAAUUGUAAUACAAAUCGUUUAAUUUUUUCAGUUCAUUAAAUCUUUUUUAAUCAUUGCA